AUGGCACUCCAUCUGCUCAAGAGCCCGACCCUUCACUCUGAAUACGCCGAUGUCGACCUUGACCAAGACCACGUCGUCUUCCAGGGCUCACCCCAAGAAGCCCUCGCCGUAUACCUCAGCGGCAACCUCACCUUCCGAUGCAAAGACCCUCUCACUAUUAAACACAUCCGACUACAUCUGACCGGAGUACGGCGUAAAAAAGGCACUAACAGGUGCAGUCUCCCACUCCGCACCGCCUGGAAGCGACAAGCAAGCGAAGAAGAAUUCUACAAGCACACGUGGGAGUUCCACGACUCAUACCGAACAACGCCGCAGGUCUUGCCGGCGGGGGAGUACAAGUUCCCAUUCAAUGUUGUCCUUGAGGGGUCGCUGCCGGAGAGCGCGGAGGGAGUCAAGGAUGCCUCUAUCGCGUACAUGUUCACGGUCGAGAUCGGUCGCAAGCACGGCAGGGAUGUGAAAUUCCAGAAGCCGUUGCGUGUUGUCCGUGUACCGGAGAACUGUGCUCAGGAUAUUACUCUUGACGAAGUAUGGGCUGAGAAGAUCGCGUAUCAGAUCCACGUCCCUAACAAGAUUGUCGCGUUUGGAACGUCGCUCGAUGUGAAUCACGCGUUCGUCCCUGCGAUGAGGGGUCUGAAAAUUGAAUACGUCGAGUCGCAGCUGCUGGAAAUCCGCGACUUUGCGUUGAACGAGGCCGACAUGGAUACUGGAAAGAAUAAUACCUCCUCCACGACCAUCCUGUCAAGCGACCGGUAUCUUCUCGACAACAACCCCCCAGACGUCGCCGUCAAAGACACCUCCGGGUUCCAGUUCGCGCGAUCACUCCAUCUGCCGAAGAUUCUGGGCCAGUGCAUGCAGGACAUCGACACAAAAGGAAUCCGGAUCAAGCACAAGCUCAAGAUCAACGUGCGCAUGCACAAUCCAGACGGACACGUCAGCGAGCUCCGCCUGGCCAUCCCGGUGUCAAUAUACCUGUCGCCGUAUUAUCGCAUCUGGGAGGGGUCGUCGAUUGCUGGCCUUGCGACGCCUCCACCGCAGGGAGCACUCAGUCCGAGCGACGAGGCGCCACCGGCGUAUGGGAGCCAUGAGCUGGAUCGACUGUAUAGUCCAGAGUCAAACACUCUCUUGGCGAUGUGA